AAAAGAUUAGUUAAAAAAAUAAAAAAUGACAGGCUCUGGUUCGCCUUGUGGUGCCUGCAAGUUCUUGAGAAGAAAAUGCGUAAAGGGUUGCGUUUUCGCGCCUUAUUUCAGUCACGAGCAAGGCUCGACUCAUUUUUCGGCUAUUCACAAGGUGUUUGGAGCUAGCAAUGUCUCCAAAUUACUCACCCAACUCCCGAUUAACGAUCGUUGUGAAGCGGCUGUCACGAUUGCUUACGAGGCCCAAGCUAGGGUUCAAGAUCCCAUUUAUGGUUGUGUUUCUCAUAUUUUUGCUCUCCAACAACAGGUUAUGUAUUUGCAAGCUCAAGUGGCUUCCCUUAGGGAGCAAGCAGCUCAAUGCAUAAUAAACAGCUCGAAUUCCGUAAACCCUAAUUACGACCAAAAAUUCUAUGCCACGAGCAGCGCCUUUUUACCGCAGGAUAUCGAAAGCUGGCUGCAGGAUCAAAUCACAAUGCCUCAAUUUGAAGAUGCAAGCCAGAAAAAUUUUGAUGACUAUUUUGCCCCUGAGGCCAUGAACUUGAACCCUAAUCACGCCAAGUGCGAAAACACGGGUUUCGAGGAGGAGAAGAACUCGUUUGAUAGCAUGGACUCGGUCGAGCUGCAGUCGAGCAAUAACGGGCAGUGGAUUUUUCAAGAUGAUGAUGCUGAUUAUCUACAGUCAGUGGCUUUCAGAUACAUGAAGCAUUAAUUUAAUCUCGAGGGAAAAAAUGAAUAAUUUAGCUAGUGUUAUAUGGGUGUAGCAUAUGAAUAAUUGGCCAAUUUUUUUUUGAAUUGGCUUGUUGGCUUUUAUCUGCAGGUUUUGAUGAUGAUAUAUGGUUAUUUUUUUACGUAAGGUGGAUUUAAACCCUAGAGUUGUUCUGUUAGAGGCCUAUUUACCCACCCUAUGUAAGGUAGUUAUUUUAGACCAUGUGUGAUUAUUGUUCAAGUAGGGAUAUAAUUAAUGGUGAUAAGUUUUGUUGUGAUAUUUUGAGUUUG